GGCGCGCUCGGCCGGAAGUGACGCACCCGCGCGGUCCGUCAAGUGGCGCCGUUUUAAGCUUAGCGGUCUGGGUCGGUUCGUCUACCUAGUCACCGCCUGGGAGGAGACUCCAGAAUUCCGGUGCUUUGCCGAAAGGAUCCAAGCCGGUCCGCCGACCCUCCGGUGGGGACGAGAGAAGCCCCGCCUGCGGGAGAGGCCGGAAGCCGGGCAGGGCGAGAGGGGCGCAGGGCGCCCCGGCCAUGGCCCCACCCCCCGGGGCGGGUCCCGCGUCGCUGCGGUUUGCCGCGGCCGCCAGCUGGCUGGUGGUCCGCCGACGCCGCGUCGAGCACUUCCCCAGAGUGGUGGAGUUUCUGCAGUCCCUGCGCGCUGCCGCCCCCGGCUUGGUUUGCUACCGACACCACGAACGCCUGUGUAUGGGCCUAAAAGCCAAGGUGGUGGUGGAGUUGAUCCUGCAGGAGCAGCCCUGGGCCCAGGUCCUGAAUGCCCUGAAUCGUCACUUCCCAGAGUCGAGACCAGUACCGCUGGGCCCCGCCGCUACAAAGCAAGACAGGAAGGUUUCGGAGGCGCGGGAAAGUUUCUGCCUGCUUGUGAAGCAGCUGGCAGAGACUGAGGAUUUGGCCUCGAGGCUGCAGGAACUCGAACAAGACUAUGGGGAAGCCUUUCUGGUUGCCAUGGAGAAGCUAUUCUUUGAGUACUUGUGUCAGCUAGAAAAAGCGCUGCCUGCAGUCAGAGCACAAGAGCUUCAGGAUGCUCUAAGUUGGUUUCAGCCUGGCUGUCUGGUCACCUCUUCUGUUGCUUUGUGCCAAUAUGGUAUGGACAUGGGAUGGCCAUUUCCAGAGAGCUCUGCUUCUGGCUCAGUGAAUCUGACAGAACCCAUGGAACAGAGUCCUCAGCAGCAAACAGAAUCAGCACUUCACAGUCCUCUGCCUAAAGCUAAGCUUGGCCUUCACCAAUCAGCUUCACGGGAGCACCCAGAACAUUUAGCUGGCAGCCACUUUAAUCUGGCCCCUCUAGGACAGCGAAAAUUCCGAUCACAAUGGACCUCUGCAAAGGGAUGCCAUAAAGAGCGGCCCACAGUCAUGCUGCUCCCCUUCAGAAACAUGGACUUAGCAGCCCAAGACAGAGCUAACCCUAAAAGCAGAGAGGAGCAUGCAGUGGACACAGCCGGUUCUGUGGGCACGAAGAGCGUUGCCAGCGGGAAGUCUAAGCCAGCAUCUCAGGGCCUGGGGAAAAGGGUUCCAGAAGAGAGCCCCCCUGACUCACCUGCUGCAGAGCCAAAGGAGAACUGUGUGAACUGCUACGCAGACCCUCUGAGUCUCUCUCUCUCACCUCCUCGAGCCAAGAAACCAGUACAGUCCCCAUCUCUGUGUAGCUCUGUCAUUACCAUAGGGGACUUGGUGUUGGACUCUGAAGAGGAAGAAAGUGACCAGAGGGAAGGAAAGGAGUCUCUGAAAAACUAUCAGAAGACAAAAUUUGACACCUUUAUCCCCAUGUUUUGUGACUAAAUGCCAAGUCCUCUGUUCAUUCCUGGCAAGAUAAACAGUUCUAGGGUUCUGAAAUGUUCUUUGCACUGUCCAUCUACCUCUGCAGCUCUGCGUGCAGUUUAGUGGAAAUGAGUUGCCUGGCUAUGUUGUGAAAGCUUUGUAAAUGCUUGAAAAUUAAAACUUGAAUGUUACUCUGUCAUGGUGAGAAAAUGGGGAAUUCAGAUUUAGGUCUGUGUAGGCCAUUCAUCAGGAACAUAACUGCCUUCUCUACAGCUUGUUGAAGCCCUUCCUGUUCAGAUUUAUCUAGAAGGGUUACCAGGGUUGAGAGGGCCUGGAAAUCAUUAAUGCUAUUCUAACAACAUUCCCUAAUGCCAGGACAUAUUUUGUAAAUGUUCAUGCUACUAAGUUAUCUUGAGUUGGUGACACCAGAAUGUGGAUGCUUCAUGAGAGUAACACUCAUUAUUCUCAAUUCCACUGGGUCAGGGUUACUCCCAUCUCUGCCCAGGAGGAGCGUCUAGACACCAGUCUGUGCAGAAAGCCCAGCACCUCUUCUUACCAUCAAUAGGGUCUAUCUUUAUUAGGUUAUUUCAAAUAUUUAAGCACUUCUAAACUGUUUAGGUAUUUGAUGACCUCAUUUAAUGAAGCUGAUUAACAUGAUUCUAAAAGCCUUCCUUUUCCAGACCAAGGCCUGUCAUUUAUGUACCAAUCAGAUCUUUCCUCCUAGUCUUCAGGAUGCUGUCCCCAGAUUGCCAUUUGUUGAUAUCGCAUCUUCUUCCUUGCCUCUUCCCCAGUGAGAGCCCUUAGCAUUUCGUGUGUAUGUAGAAAGCGUAAGUGACUUCAGGAGCACUCAGGAGUGAGAUGAUAGGAACUGGAUUAAAUAACACACAGCCACAGUAGCUGGGAUGGGUGAGAAGCCCCUCUGGAAGGCCCCAGUGGUAGAGUGUUGCUGCUUUGGGAAAGUAGACUUCUCCAGUCUAUCUGGAAUCGCUGAAGAUUGGAUUCACUUGCUGGGUGACUCGGAUAAAGGUAGUUCUCCGACUUAAUUCCUUCAGCUUAGCAGCUCCUACAUAUGUGCAUGUAGACCGGAUGCCUCCUAGGAUGUCACGAAUAGUAUGUUCCACGUCCCCUUUAAAGGGAACUUCUACUGUCUUUCCCUCUGAGGCCCUUAGAAAAGAGAAACUUUUAUUACCUACUUGGUAAUAGAAUUCCUUAAGCCCAGUGACUCUUCCUGUCUCUAACAUUUAUAACUCCAUCAUUUUCCUCCCAAGAAUGGUGCCUUACAUUUCCCAGGAGGCAUGACACCAUUUUCCAUAAUCCCACUCACCAACAACACUCACAUGCUAGCCUUCCAUACAUACCUGUACUCAGCCACACCUCCUGAAUAUUUCUUCAUCGCCAUUUCAGAACUCAUUCCGUAGAAGAGCUUGUACUUCUUGCCAUCCCUUUCAAUGAGUUCGCCACCUGAUUCACUGUGCCCAGCCAGCAUGCCACCCAGCAUCACAAAGUCAGCCCCUGCCCCUGCCAAAGUCAAGGAGUUGGAAAAGAUGCAUCUGGCCAAGGACAGCUGCAGCCUCCAUCCUACAAAGUAACAGACACGUGAGAGACAGCCCGGGCUUCUCAAGGCUUCACAACCGCCCAGGUCCUGAGCAGGACUUUAAUGGAGCCCCACACCACAGAAAACACAGCUGCUGAGCAGCUUGAACCCCUCCCCGGCCUUUGGCUCUUACUGAAAUGAUAUGGCCUCUGAGGCCAUGAGCAGCAUCUGCACACUCCAUCACCGCACUGAGCUGUGGGUACCCCACUCCAGUUUUCUUCCGAGUUGUACAAACAGAGCCUGGGAAGAACGUGAACGAUUGAGAGAAGUGUCCCAUGUUCCACCAGCGGGGCAGACGGACAGUGGCCCAGGGAGCCAGCUUACCAGGACCAAUUCCCACUUUGAUGAUGUCAGCCCCAGAGAGGAUGAGUUCUUCUACCAUCUCUCCUGUUACCACAUUUCCUGCCUGAGACACAGUCAAAACAGACCAUCCUCAGGGGCUGCGGUGGAGAGCAGCCUCUGCUCAUAUGCCUAGACUACGACUGUCCCGUUACAAAUAAAGGGACCUAGAGCCCCCUCCCCACAUUCAGACUUUCACUUAGUGUCAAGUAUGGCCAGUGUCAUCGUUGACCUUUGAGGCAGUAAAGCUGACCAACAAGACAAGGUGGCAUUAAAGAGCCACUGGUGAGGCAGAGAAACCACUCAGAUCUGACAGUGGUCCCUUUCACUACCAGGUCACUCCUUCCCAGUCCUGAAGCUCUGCCUUCAGAGAAGAUGGAAAGACUGAAAUGUGAGCUAAAACAUCUGUCUGCCUAACUGUAUUGGACAGUGCAGACAUUCCUUUCAAUGCUGUGAAGAAGAUGAAGCGUUGAGUUUUGUCUCUAAUAAGCCUCCAAAGGAAUAAAACAUGGUUUUAUGUGA